AUGAAUCAACAUGCAGGAGUCCGCUUUACUCUGAAGAAGCGCACCAUUCGCAAGAGUCUUGACGACGUCAAGAUCUCUUCGUACAACUCUGACUUCCUGUCUGGUUUGUUCGCUGAUGUGGCGAAGAUUACCGAAAUGGCCGAUUCUGGUUCUACAAAACGUAGCUGCCCCGAACCAGCAACUACUGUGGCUGAACAGAAUACCAAUCUUGAAUCUCCAACGAAGAAACGGCGCACUUUGCUCAGUUCAAGUGUAAGCAGAUGCAACUGCUCUUCUUACAACCUAUCAGAUCUUGCUACUUCUCAUUCGACGAAGGCAGUCAUCGAAGAGUCAAGGGAAGUUUUCCUACCAUCACCAACACAACCGCGCUUUCUUGCCAACUCUAUCGAGAGGAACCCUCUUGCAACAGUGACCCAAAGUGGCCGACAAGACUCUCUGGCAUACCAGCUUGAUUGUGUGUCUGGACCAGAAUGUCCAAAACUGUCCACCGAAAAUGCUGCGGUUGUAGCAUUCCCCAAUCUUCCAGCCACUGUUAGUGAUUCUUCCUGCGCUGCAGGUCUAACUCGAGGUAGCCAGAUCAAGCAAGGAUCUUCUCCCGAGAAACAACCAUACAAAGAAUCUUUUGGUUGGUUCGUUGACCUCGACGAUCACCAAAGAAACGAAGGGCAUACAGUUUCAUCCUACUCUGUGUUCUGCCCAGAUCUAGCAUUCCAGGCGCCAACAGCACCAAAUGCCACACACAACGAUGCUGCGGUCCAAUGGGCCAAAGCAGCUGACACUGUUGAUGACGUCCUCGGUGACUUCUUUUAA